UCGUGUGACUGUGCCAAGACGCUGAUUAAGAGUUGUGCCCUGGCGUACCAUCCUAUAGCAGGAUGUGCAAUCGGUAUCAGUGAUCUCGCAUCAGCAUCCAACUUCUUGGAAGGUGUGCUUGCGGGGGCAGACACAGCCUUUGCUUGUGUGUUUGGCGUCAUCUGUUCACUGUGCGGCUUUUUUUACACAACACUGAGAUGUGUAAUUGAUAUUACUUAUAACUGUGAUGGCUCCAGCCGCCGUCGUCGUGACGUUAGUUCAGAAAUAGUCAAUGAAGUUAUCAAGUCCUCUCAAGCCUUCUACAACUACUUGAAUAUAAUGGAUGAGAUAUUUGGAGACACAAAGAUGUUGAACUUCGGUGAUGUCACUUGGUACGAUGGAUUCAAGUUGGCCAUAGCUGAGAACAGUGCUGCAGGAUCGCUGCUGUCCAAGAGUGAAGUGUCUUCCAUUACAAGUCCUUUUAAUGAGACGCAACGAGCAACACUGCACAAGUUCCUGAUCCGCUGGAACAACACGGUGGCUGCCUGGCAGAAUGGAUCACUGAGCAGCAUGUCCUCUAGUGCUGACGUUAUGCCGUAUAAAAAGCUGAAUACACAGUUUAGUCAGUACAAGCAGGACUCCAAGACCGCUAAAGAUAGGGGAUAUGCAUCAAUAUUUGACCAAUUCGACAACACCAAACAAGUAUACGAUAAGGACGAGAAAAAGAAGAAGGGUGGUGAUGAUGGUGUCUGUGCCAAGGUGCGAGUGAGGAUUGUACAAGAACUUGUUCUUACGAGAGACGCUUUCAAUGCUCGUCUUGAAAUUGAGAAUGGUGAGGAUUCAGCCUUGGAAGACAUCAGAGUGACAAUCAAUAUCCAGGCAACGUAUGGAGAUGGAACUGCUGCUGACAACUUAUUUUCUAUAGGUUCCCCAAAGCUGUCUGGCCUGACUGGUGUUGAUGGAACCGGCUCACUGGGUAGGGGUGUCUCUGGGUCUUCAGAAUGGCUCAUCAUCCCAUACUCCACAGCUGCCGUCAAGGAUGACACACUGUAUGACGUCGGUGGACGACUGUCCUAUACUGUUGCUGGGUCCAAUUUCUCAGUUCCCCUUCUGCCAGAUACCAUAACAGUGAAACCAAACCCCAGUCUCAUAGUGCACUAUUUCCAUGAAAAAUAUGUCCAAGGUGAUGAUCCAAUGACAAAGAACAUUACAGAGCCAGUCGUUCCAUUUUCUCUUGCUGUCAUGAUAUCUAAUGGCGCUUAUGGUACAGCACGUCAGUUAAAAAUUACAUCUGCCCAGCCAGAAAUUAUUGAAAAUGAGAAAGGACUGUUAAUUUCUUUUAAAAUAAUUGGUGCACAGUUGGGGAACAAGCCCAUUACACCAUCCUUGUCGAUUAAUUUUGGCGAUAUUGAGUCAUUUGAAACAAAAACAGCGAGGUGGCUGUUAACAUCCUCACUAAAAGGCAAGUUCUACAACUACUCUGCUACUUUCGAGAAUAUCAAUCCACUUGGAGACCCACAGCUCUCUGUUCUGGAGAAGCUGGACUAUCACGAUCUCAUCCAUUUGGUCCGGAUUGAACAUCCAGAUGAUGACCAGCUUGAUGAUUUCUUGGUCAAUGAUGUUGUCGACGAAGAUGAGUUGCCAGAUGCACUCUAUGACAGUUCAAAUGGGUUCUACUCGACACAUGUAGUUGUCAGCCAGGUCGUGAAGUUUCAAUUUGUCAAAACGGAGACACGCCAAUCCAGCACAUACACAACUGUAGACCUUUCAGUAUCAGUGUCUAGCAAUGAUAGCGAUGUAUAUGGUUAUACCCGAGUAAUUAACAACAUAACUCAACUUCCAUUGGUCCAGGUAACCAGAUCAGACGGAAAACAAAUACUAAUGGAAAGGAAUGCGUGGUUGACGUCUUAUUACCAUGAUGAGCUUUACCUUCACGUCUUUGAUUUCUACAGAAACAUAUCAACAAAUGUCAUUGCGUCCUACGAGUUAGUAUUCGGAAGACGUAACAUGUACAGUCCCAUUUUCAAAAAUCAGACUUAUAAAUAUACACUAUAUUUGGGAGAUGAUACAAAUGAGCCAAUGAAGGUGACUGCUACUGACAAGGCUGGUGACAAGGUGUCUUAUGAAAUUGAAUCUGCAGUAACAUAUUUCACUGUGGAUCGAGAGACCGGAUUAAUCACAGAGACUAAAGAUUUGCAAUCUGAAGGUUUAUAUACUUUCACAGUCAUUGCUGUAGAUAAUGGAAUUCCACCUCGGACAUCAUCAGUUAAUGUCAGUAUCACUGUUGUCAAGGAAGAGAAAACCACGCUAGUAUCUUCAUCCACUACAAGUUCAACUCUCAACACCACUGGGAAAUCAACAAUUUCCACGCAGGUCACUUCCACGAUCACUGACCAAACCACAUCAUCCACAGUGAGGUCGUCAACUGAAUCAUCGUCUCAGAUCAUUACACGCGUGACACAGGUAGACAAUACGACUUCGAUAUAUUCUAACACGUCAUCAUCCACACGAACGACAGCAGAUGCAGGAACACUGACACAGAGCACGACCAGUGAUGCAGGGCUGGUUAAUGUAACCUCUGUAACAGAUUCUAAUGGUACUGGCACUGCUGAAACUACGACAGUCAAGACAUCAGCUGCUGCUGAUGCAACGCCACUGACAUCUCUGAUGGUAUCUGUAAUAAUUACCAUAACCAUGUGUUUCGCAGUGAAUAUUUAAACUGAACUAUGAAUCGAAAUAACAGCAAUGAAAAGGUUAAUGAAAGUCUGAUCGUUUAGAAAGCUGUUUUAUAAAUAGCUGUUCUUUAAACGUUUUUUUAACAAUUGCCAAAAUAACACAUUUAUUUAUAGCUUUAUAUAACCCAAUGGUGACACUAAUAAAUAUUUAUAUAGAUAUAUUAUUUGUAAAAUAUGUUUUGAAUAGUGGUACUAAAAAGGUAACAAACAGAAUUGGCAUUUCCACAAACACUGCAUCAUGUAUUCUUUAAGUGUGACAAAGAUCGUAAUUAAUGGGAAGAAGUAAAAUCAUGGAUACUAUGUACACUACGAACUGAAAUCAACUUAAGCAAAGGCACUGUCAUGUUUGGUAUGACUAUUUAUUAUAGGAAAAUACAGGGAAAAUGUUUAAAUAUUAGUAGAGUUAAAUUACGUUAAUAACAAAAAGAUUUGAUAUUAACAAAAGUAUGUUAUUUUUCUAAACUAUAAAACAUUCAAUAAACAGCAGACCUCCUUGCCAUGACAUUUUUAUUUCAAUUAAAUUACCAAUGGCACUUUUAUUAAUAACAAGAAAAAUAUAGAAAAAUAGCUUUGUUUCUAAAUUAAUUUCUUCAAGAACAUAUCUUCUUCAUUUAUUCACACCAUAUCCUCUUCCUGUUAUUAGUAUCUCUAUAUUUAAUCAGAGUUUCCAUAUACAAAACUUUCCUUAGCUUACGAGCAACCUAUCCCACUUCCAUCUUCUUUUACUUUUCUCUGGGGGUUUUUCAUGUUAAAAUAUAUCACAUAUGUAUUAUACCCAAAGGUAUGAACAAUUAACAAUAAUGUACUAUUUUCUAUUUGCAAAUCUGAUCUUUUGAUUAACUCAUUCUGUCUUAUAAAUUUUAUUUUAUUCGUUCUUUUCUUUCUUUUGUUUUCUUCUCUUUUUCCCUCUUGUAUAUCGUAGAACUAUAUUUUCAGGUAACCAUGUUCAUUAUUACUGUUGUCAUAUAUAUAUUCAUAUUAUUCACGUGUACAGUGUUUAGGCUAUACUAUGACUUUUAGGUAGAUAUAUCAGAGACAUAAACCUGAUACCACCAUAUUUAUUUCUGGGAUAAGUAAACUUUAUUUUUAAAACAUGUUUUGCAUCAUAUAUAAUCAGAUAAUUAAAUCUAGGUUGAGACAGUAUAUUUGAAUUAUAAUUGUAGUUGAAUUUUGAAUGCCAUCUAUUAACAGAUGGAAAAUACUCACUUUGUAAUGUGGUAACGUCCAAUACCGUAUAAUGUAAAUAUGUAUACUAUUAUAAUUAUCAUGGCUUACCUGUGUUAGAUACAGACAGUUUUGACACUAUAAAUGUUUUGUCAAAUAUAUUGUUACAUUUAUGUAUACAUAUCGGGUCAUUAAAAAAAAAACCAACGCACCACUCUUUGACAUUUAAUAGUGGAAAACAUAUGCAA